AUUGAUAAAAUUAAAGAACAAGAUGAAGCAGAAAUCUACUAUACUGAAGAAGGAGACCAAGAUGAUGACCCCUUAUUCUACAACUCUUGGACUGAUGUUGUUUCUGACAAAAACCCUGCAGUAUAUAUUGCUUUGACUGCUGAAGUUCUUACAACAUCUUCUAGCUGA